UAAAAGUUCACCAGUUCCAACUGCGCGUUACCUUUUAGGUUAUUCGUUAUGAUGCUUAUAAAAGGUUUCAACAUUUACGGGCUUUUAAAGCCUGUUGGAAUACGGCAUGUAGUGACUCUAAUCAAAAAAUAUCCUCGCAAAGUACCUUCGAUUUUGUUGGCAGAAGGUAUUUUGCCUAAAUUGACUGCAGAUGACAUGGUAUACCAAGAGGUCAACGUAGAAACGAAUGAAUCUCCAUGUAUAAAUGUUUUAUUGACAGAUAAUGUGCCUGGACUUGGAUCUGUUGGAACAGUAACUCCUGUACAUCGUAAUAAGUUCUGGAAAUAUUUGUAUAUUAAGGGACUUGCUGAGUUACCGACAGAAGAAAGAAUAAAUGAAAUGAAGUCAAAACAAACAGAAAGACCAACUGUUCUAUGUGGUGAAUCCUAUCUACUUCAACAACGCUUGUCUAAUAUGACCCUUUAUAUACCAAUGAACCCAUCUCGAGAAUGGACUCUCAAUAAAACUCAUGUUAAAGUUGCUUUAAGACGAUAUGGUUUUGCAAUAAAGGAACAAUAUAUCACAUUACCAAAAGAAGAGAUAACUUCGAAAAAUUCCAAAUCUUCAUUUAAAAUUAGCGUUAAUAUUGAUGAUAUUGUCACUGUUGUUGUUCCAUGUUCAAUAUUUCUUUAUCAAAAGUUGGAUAAAGGAAUGUGUACUCAACCACCAACAAAUGUUUUUAGAAAAAUUAAAAUUGAAGAUUGGACUGCAGAUUUUUCUGAAACGGAUGUUUUAAUUUCUAUUUAAAAUUAUUUCAAUAUAAAUUAAUAUAUUUUUUUCAAAAUAGUAAUUGUUUUUGAUUUUGUUUAAUCUUAUCAGGUUGUUUAUAUAUAAUCGAAACCUAUCUUAGUUUAUAAUUUCCCAUUUAUUUGUUCAUGUUUCUUUUCUUUAUAUAUUUGUGUAUAUGCAUACUGU